CACACCCAACACGGCACUUGAACUCAUGACCCCAAGAUCAAGAGUUGCACACUCCACAGACUGAGCCAGCCAGGCGCCCCAAUAAUAUAUUUUAUUUAACCCAAUCAACCCAGAAUGUUACCAUUUCGACAUGUUGUCCUGUACAAUGUAUGACGAUUAGUGAGAUAUUUUACAUUCCUUUUUUGUACUAAGCUUUGUAAUCCAGUGUGCAUUAUUUCUGUGGUGGAACUCAAUUCAGGCCAGUCACAUGGCAGGGGUUCAGCUGCCCACAUGGCGCAGGAAAGGGGGUUCCCCAGAGAGCCAGCUGACCACAUCCUGUGGCAGGGCUGGUGAACAGAGUGUUCACCAGCUGCAGGUCAAGGAAGCCCUGGGGACCCAGCAGCUUUCUAUCCAGAUUCACAUGAGUCCCUUCACUCAAGUCUGUGCCAUGCCCCAGCCCCUCAAACCUCUCUGUAAUAAGCUGAAUGGUGGUUCCCAAAAAUUAGGUCCAAGUCCUAAGCCCACAUACGUGAAUGAAAGCUUUUUCAGAGCCUUGGGGAGGAGAGGAAGGAGCAGGGCCCUAGGAUACGGGGCUCCAGGACUGCAAGAGAAUAAACUUGUUUUUUUGUUUUUUUGUUUUUUUAAAGAUUUAUUUAUUUGACAGAGAAAGCACAGCGAGAGAGGGAACACAAGCAGGGGGAGUGGGAGAGUGAGAAGCAGGCUCCACAAGCAGGGGGAGUGGGAGAGUGAGAAGCAGGCUCCCCGCGGAGCAGGGAACCUGAUGCAGGGCUUGAUCCCAGGACCCUGGGAUCAUGACCUGAGCCGAAGGCAGACGCUUAAUGACUGAGCCACCCAGGCGCCCCUGAGAAUAAACUUAUUGUUUUAAGCUUCCCCAUGGGGGUCACUGGUUACGGCAACCCAGCCAUGGUCUAAGUAAGUGGGGCAGGCGGGGACCUCAUCCCAGGACCGCUGCAGGGACCAUGAUGCAGGGAGGGAGCAGGAUAAAACCAGAGUCAGUUAAAUAGCCCUGCAUGGUUCCUCUCCCCCAGGUGCCAGUUCAAUGGCAGCAGAAGGACAAAGGUGAAGGAGCCCAGGGCCAAGGAGAGUGCGAGGGCCUAGGAGAGCGCAAGGGGAGGGAGACAGCAGCGGGAUGUGGGGAUCCAGUGUGGCCUGGGAGAGUGACUGGUCAAGGGUGGAGCAGGGGGAACUGUGGAGAGAGCCCCCAAGGGGAGGGAGUCAGUGGCCCCAGGCCACAACCAAUGACCUGUAACUAAUGCAGCUCCAAGGUCAGCAUGUUCUGGGUGCUGCUCCCCAAGGCUCCACGGAGGACCCCUCCUGCCUCGUCCAGCUCCUGGCUCUCCCUGUGCCCGCAUCACCCCAGUCUCUGCCUCUGUCUUCCCACGGCCUUCUCCUCUGUGUCUGUCUCUUGUAAGGACACCCUAACUAUCAGCAUGGUCUCCUCUCAAGAUCCUUAAUGAUGUCUGCAAGGGCCUUUUUUCCAAAUAAACUCACAUCACAGGUACAGGGGAAUUCACGGGGUUAGGACUUGGACUUACCAUUUUGAAGCCACCAUUCAGCCCACCAGACAACCUAUACCCCAAAACAAAUUAAGGUGGCCCCCAACCCCAUUUCCUUUGCCUUACCUGAGGGAGAGAGGUGGGCCUCACAGUCCCCUCCGUGCAGGGCCAGCACGCUGGGCCCCACAGCAGACUUGGCUCCAGGGGCUCCCUGGCCCUGGCCCGGCCCCAUCCAGCUCCCUGAGGUGGGAGCUGAGUCCAUGUGCCCCUGCUAAAGCAAUCACCGUCUGCCUCUGAGCCAGCCAGGCUGCGGCUCGAACCCAGAAUUAUUUUCCAGAGAAACUGUUUGCAUCUGUUUUAAGCUUGUGUCCUUGGGAACCUCCAGCUCUCCAGAGCUCACUGACUGGAGGGCAGAUGCUUUUCAUUAAGGUGGCAGGAAGCACCUGACUCCCAGGCAGGGUGGGAGAAGGAAAGCUGGGAGGGCUGUGUGGGAACAAGCAGCGCAAAGCCAGCGGCCCUCUCUCCGCGUCCUCAGGAUGGGCUGCCCGCGGAGGAAGGCCCUGUCCCUCCUUAUUUUUGUGCCUGCCUGUCUGCAUGGGGCUUUGUCACAGGGAUACAGCCCUGCAGGGCAAAGGAAACCAUUUCUCGAGAGGCUCCGCAGACUGGAAGGGCAGUUCCGGAGGCUCCAAGAGGUGACCUUAACACACCUGCGAGUCCUUGCCCGUAACCACAACCUGUCCUACGGCAUCGAUGCUCGGUUCCAGAGCCUGGUGCGCGAGACCCAGGCCGUGGCUCUGGCCGUGAACCAGUCGCAGGCCGCCAUGCAGGGCGACCUGAGCCACCUCAAGACCUGGAUGCAGAAGACCCAGCGCAGAAGCCAGAAGGUGGAGUCCAGGCUGCUGGCCUUGGGUGCUGCGCUGAGUGAAAAGGGCAAGCAGCGCACCCAGGAGGGGAAGGAGCCGCAGGUGCAGAGGGGCGCCCUCUCCGGCCUGGCCCCGGACCUGAGGGCCCUGCAGGACACGCUCGCUCGCCUCACACACCUCGUGCAGGGCCAGGGCGCCAGGCUGGCUGCUCUCAAGGGCCGGCUGCAGGUGGCCUGCCCUGGCACCAUGGCCCCAGGGCUGACCCCGGCCCGGCCCCCGACCCCACCUGGGUUGCCGAGCUCCAGCUCCCCAACGCUGCAGAGGGGAAGGCAGGCGCUCAGGCCUUCACCUGAGACUGGGGACCCACCUCAGGACUCUGCCAGUGGUCUCCAGGGGACUCGGGCGCUCCCCGGCCCGGGCAGCCAGCGGGCUUGGCCCCCGAGAGACCAGGAGAGAAUAAGUACCAUGGCCUGCCCUUACUCCACUGCGUGGGCUCCCAGUCUUCCCACCUGUGGGGUGGGCCCCGUGCUGGUCUUCCCGAACACCUCCACCCGGAACGCCGCCUUCCUCAGCCCCGGCUUCCCGUCAGGCCUGCAAGCCCUAUCUGUCUGCAGCUGGGUGUGCACGGCCUCGGGCCGCCUGGGCACCCUGCUCUCCUAUGCCAUGGAGGAGAAUGACAACAAGCUUGUGCUGCACGGCAGGGACUCCCUGGCCCCGGGCUCCAUCCACUUCGUGAUCCGAGACCCGGCCUUCAGGGAGCUGCCCCUGCAGCUGCUGCUGGACGGCCGGUGGAACCAUGUGUGUGUCAUCUGGAUGUCCACCCUGGGCAGAUACUGGCUGUACGUGGACCGCAGCCUCGUGGCCACCCGCUCCCACUUCAGGGAGGGCUAUGAGAUCCCUGCAGGAGGGUCCUUCGUGCUGGGCCAGGAGCAGGACAGCAUGGGGGGCGGGUUUGACAGCUCUGAAGCCUUCGUGGGCAGCAUAGCAGGCCUGGCCAUUUGGGACCGGGCACUGGUCCCCGGGGAGGUCGCAAAACUGGCCACCGGGAGGGAGAUCCCCGGGGGCGCCAUCCUGACGCUGGACAAUGCCCAGUGGGGAGGCGGAUACGUGCAGAGGGUGAACUGCAGCUGCUUGGAGCUCUGCCCCUGAGGCCCUGUGCCCUGAGCCCGGCAGGAACAGCCUCAGCAGCCUUUGGCCACCGCUGAUCCCAGCACACCCCCGUCCAGGGCCCCCUCCUGCACUGGGGAGGGGACAGGGCAGUGUGGGCGGGAGGGAGCGGGCCAACAGGUGGAGUGGGGCUGUGGGAGGCCCUGUGGACUAUGAUGCCGUUCCAGCCCAGCGAGCACAGGACUCCGGUGGGGCCUCUCGUCUGGGCUGGGUUUGCUGAUGGAGAACUCCGUUUUCGAGGAACCUAGGUGGGUGCACUUGAACUGCCAUGGUCCUCUCUCGAGGUGGCUUAGAAAGUGUCCGUCUGGGUGGUCCUUGUUCCCAUAUCCCUCAUGAAAAGGGCCAGGAACCCAUUUCCUGCCCUGAAGUUCCAGCAGUGCCAGAGCCAGUGAAGGGAGCAAGCUAUUCAGAAACACACACGAGCAACCGACGGCACUGCUUUCAAAGUAACCUUGUUGGGGUUUUAUCGGAGCAGGUGUUACAAUGCUCAUCCGCGAUGCAUGUCCAGUGCAAAGAUGGUUAGCGAAUUUACUGAGCUGUGCAACCAUCACCACAGUCCAGUUUUAGGGUGUUUCCAUG